AUGUCGAUUGCCGAACAACCUUGUUAUACAUUAAUAAAUACCAGUCAAGAUCUGGAACCACCAAGUGAAAUGCAGUUACGUGAAGAUCUUGAAAAAGGCAAUGAUAAGGCAAAAGCUGAUGCAUUAAGAAAAUUAAUUGUUAUGAUGCUUAAUGGUGAAAAAUUUCCAUCAUUAUUAAUGAUUAUAAUUCGUUAUGUUAUGCCAUCACAAAAUCAUACAAUAAAAAAAUUAUUACUCAUUUUUUGGGAAAUUGUACCAAAACAUACAGGCGACGGAAAACUUCUUCAAGAAAUGAUUCUUGUUUGCGAUGCUUAUCGAAAAGAUCUUCAACAUCCAAAUGAAUUUAUUCGUGGUUCAACACUUCGGUUUUUAUGUAAACUUAAAGAACCUGAAUUACUUGAACCAUUAAUGCCAUCAAUACGUGCUUGUAUUGAAUAUCGUCAUGCAUAUGUUCGUCGUAAUGCUGUUUUAGCUAUAUUUACAAUUUAUAAAAAUUUUGAUUUUCUUAUUCCUGAUGCACCUGAAUUAAUUGGUAAAUUUUUGGAUGUUGAACAAGAUAUGUCAUGUCGUCGUAAUGCAUUUAUGAUGCUUAUACAUGUUGAUCAAGAACGUGCAUUAAAUUAUUUAUCAAAUGUUAUUGAUCAAGUUAAUUCAUUUGGUGAUAUUUUACAAUUAGUUAUUGUUGAACUUAUUUAUAAAGUUUGUCAUAGUAAUCCAAGUGAACGUGCAAGAUUUAUUCGAUGUAUUUAUAAUUUAUUAAAUUCAUCAUCACAAGCUGUACGUUAUGAAGCAGCUGGAACAUUAAUUACAUUAUCUAGUGCACCAACUGCUGUUCGAGCAGCAAGUGCUUGUUAUAUUGAUUUGAUUAUCAAGGAAAGUGAUAAUAAUGUUAAAUUAAUUGUUCUUGAUCGUUUAAUUGCAUUAAAAGAUAUAGCUGCACAUGAACGUAUAUUACAAGAAUUAGUUAUGGAUAUUCUUCGUGUAUUAGCAUCACCAGAUAUUGAAGUACGAAAAAAAACUUUACAAUUAAGUUAUGAUUUAGUUACAUCAAAAACAAUAAAUGAAAUGGUUUUAGUUUUAAAAAAAGAAGUUUCAAAAACACAUAAUGAACAAGAUUCAGAAGAUGUUGAUAAAUAUAAACAAUUAUUAGUUCGAACAUUACAUCAAUGUACAAUGAAAUUUCCAGAUGUUGCAAAUACAAUCAUUCCAGUUCUUAUUGAAUUUCUUGCUGAUAAAAAUGAAUUAGCUGCACUUGAUGUACUUGUUUUUAUUCGUGAUGUUAUGCAAAAAUUAUCAAAUUUAAAAGAUCUUAUUGUUCAACGUUUACUUGAUAUAUGUGCACAAAUAAGAUCUGUUAAAGUUCUUCGUGCUACAUUAUGGUUAUUAGGCGAAUAUUGUUCAUCAAUUGAAGAUAUACAAAAUGUCAUGACAUUCAUACGACAAUCAUUAGGUGAUUUACCAAUUGUUGAUGAUGAAAUUCGUCGUGCUACAGGUGAAACAAAAGAUGAACAAGAUACAUCAAUGUCAGCACCAGUUCAACGUUUAGUUACAGCUGAUGGUACAUAUGCAACACAAAGUGCAUUUAUAUCAACAAAUCCAACUGACAAAAAAACUUUAAAUGGUCCAUCUAGUGAUCGUAAUCGACAACCAUCAUUACGAACAUUUUUAUUAGAUGGAGAUUUUUUUAUUGGUGCUGCUUUAUCAACAUCAUUAUGUAAAUUAGUUAUACGUUAUAUGAUUUUAGAAAAUGAUUCAACUAAACAAAAUCGUUUUUGUGCUGAAGCUAUGUUUAUAAUAGCAAGUAUAUUACAUUUAGGACGAACAAGUUUACCAUCAAAACCAAUGAAUGAAGAUGAUUUUGAUCGUAUGUUAAUGUGUGUUAGAUUAUUGAAUGAACGUUUACCAAUAACAUUUCAAGUACUUGGACAUGAUUGUCGAACAGCACUUGCAGAUAUGUUAACAAUUAAAGCUCAAGAACAAAAAGAAAUUGAAAAGAAAUUAUCAAAAGACAAAACAGCAACAGUUGAACCAGAUGAUCCAAUACGUUUUACACAAUUAUUAGCAUCAAAUGAAUUUGAUGAAAAAGAAGAUAUACUUGAUUUAACACUUAAACAAGCUAUUGGAACAAUUGGAAAAAAAGAUGAAAAUAUAUUUAGUUCAUCAAAACUUAGUAAAGUUACACAAUUAACAGGUUUUAGUGAUCCAGUUUAUGCUGAAGCUUAUGUUAAUGUUAAUCAAUAUGAUAUUGUUCUUGAUGUACUUAUUGUUAAUCAAACAUCAGAUACUUUACAAAAUCUCACACUUGAAUUAGCUACACUUGGUGAUUUAAAAUUAGUGGAAAAACCACAAUCAAUAACAAUGGCACCACAUGAUUUUACAAAUAUAAAAGCAAAUAUAAAAGUAACAUCUACAGAAAAUGGUAUUAUUUUUGGUAAUAUUGUUUAUGAUAUAACGGGUUCUCAAUCAGAUCGUAAUUGUGUUGUAUUAAAUGAUAUUCAUAUUGAUAUAAUGGAUUAUAUUGUACCAAGUUCAUGUACAGAUAAUGAAUUUCGUCAAAUGUGGAUUGAAUUCGAAUGGGAAAAUAAAAUUGUUGUUAAUACAACAAUACGUGAUCUUCAUCUUUAUUUAAUUUAUUUAUUAAAAUCAACAAAUAUGCGUUGUUUAACACCAGAAAAAGCUUUAUCGGGUGAUUGUGGAUUUAUGGCAGCAAAUCUUUAUGCUAAAUCAAUAUUUGGUGAAGAUGUUUUAGCCAAUGUUAGUAUUGAAAAAUCGGCUAUACAUGCUGAUGCACCUGUUACUGGACAUAUUCGUAUUCGAGCAAAAAGUCAAGGCAUGGCUUUAUCAAUGUA